ACAGGCAUGGUGGGCAUGAAGGGCGACUGCGCGGGCGCGGCGGGCGUGCUGGCGGCCUUCGGCGUCAUGGUGCGCGCGCGGCCCACGCUCAACCUGCACGCCGUGCUGUGCCUGGCCGAGAACGCCGUGGGGCCCAAGGCCACCCGACCCGAUGACAUCCACAAGCUGUACUCGGGUCGCACUGUGGAGAUCAACAACACCGACGCCGAGGGCCGCCUCGUGCUCAGCGAUGGCGUCGUGUACGCGCACCGCGACUUGAAGGCCGACACCAUCGUCGACAUGGCCACCUUGACUGGCGCACAGGCCGUGGCGACGGGCAAGUACCACGCCGCCAUAGUGUCGAACACUAGCCGCCUCGAAGCGCUGUGCACAGUAGCGGGACUGCGGUCCGGCGACCUCGUUCAUCCGCUGCCCUAUACCCCAGAACUGCACUUCUCGGAGUUCUCCAGCUCCGUCGCCGACAUGACGAACAGCGUUGCGCAGGAUCGCAACAACGCGCAACCAUCUUGCGCCGGGCUGUUCAUCCUGGCCCAUCUAGGUUUCGACUUCCCCGGCUCAUGGCUGCACAUUGACAUGGCAGCACCGGCUGGUGUGGGCGACCGAGCCACCGGUUACGGCGUGGCUCUUCUCCCGGUUCUGUUCGGGCACCACACGAACAGCGCUUUGCUGCGCGCGCUCGCGCCAGCACCCGCUGUACACGUCUGAUACAAAGCACAACUCGCUGUACCGAUUUGCUGGCCGAUAUGUCGGUUGACGAGAUUUGCUGGCCUGCAUGCUGACCAACGGAAAGGGAUUGAUUUAUAUGAAGAGACUAUAUCGUCGUGGCAGUCAGUAAUAAUCUAUUUGAUAAUGUCACUUUGACGAUAUAACGUGUCCGUCUUGUAGGAUUUAUAUAACCCAUUUUCCACUCUGUCGGUUGACUUACAUGUUAGUGAAUUAUCCGAAUGAACACGUCUGUAUUAAAUAAAUUAUAAUGUAUCAUAAUAAUUACAAUGUUACAGUAUUUAUUCAUGUACAUAUUUUACUUACUUGUUGUACUUUUCAUAGAUAUAUGAAAAAUAUUGUUAUACAAUAGUUACAUACAACACUGCUGUUAACCGUAUUGUUACGCUUAUAAUUCGAUUAAUGUUGACUUCCCGAUUUGCAGUCGCGACUUGUUGGCCAGCAUGGUUAGUGUAGGUAAUAAUUCAUGAAGCAUAAUAUUUUUUACUAGUUAAGUUAAAAUAUUUUUUUAUAUUUCAAUAUUUUAACCGUUACUUUAAAAAACUGACGUCGUUUUAGUCCAAGGUUUUUAAUUAGCCGUACAUUAGAGUACUCAAGUCUACUCUCCUUGACAUAACUAACACAUUAAAUGCGCUGGCGCCAAAUCGGAAGAAAAAAACAAUGGAAGAGCCCUAAGCCUCGAUUACCAUCUGAACUAAUGUCGCCAAAAU